CAUCGGCUCGUCUCCGAAAGUCAACAACCUUUCGAUUAUGGCCGUGAAGAAAUGCACCAGAUAAGGCUCAGUCAAUUAAGAUAUAUAGCAUGUGUAUCCUGUUGCUCUCCACUUCGGCCACACAGCCCGUGAGUGCACAUUGCUAGCCGAAUCUAUUCGUUGAGGUUGGACAAGCAUCCUCAAUACAACAAUAUCACCAACGAGAGCAAGAAUGACGGCAGACGAGCCCAGCCUCCCAUUGGAGAAGGAGCCAAGUAUGCUGGCUACCGUGGAGCCUGCCAAAGGCGCCGAACUGGGGACCGUGACUGAAGCUCCGACUCACAGUCUCAACAGGCAGCUGAAGCCGCGUCACAUGCAAAUGAUCGCAAUUGGCGGCGUCAUCGGAACUGGAUUGUUUUUGGGGACAGGAGGUAACUUGGCGAACGGCGGCCCGGCAGGACUUCUGAUCGCAUACUGCCUUAUGGCCUCGCUGUUAUUCUCUGUCAUGGUCGCUCUGGGUGAGAUGGUAUCCAAAUUUCCUAUUCCUGGGGGACAGUUCGCGCUGGCGGGCCGCUUUGUUGCGCCUGAGCUGGGAUUCGCUAUGGGCUGGCUUUAUUGGUAUAACUACAUUAUCGUCCUUCCUGCUGAAAUCUCAGCAGCCGCUGUUAUUAUCUCGUACUGGACACCGGCCAGUAAUCCAGAUUCGACUUGUACCACUGGAAUUUGCAACAAUGCCAUGUGGGUCGGGCUAAUGCUCAUCGUGGUGUGGGCAAUCAACUUCGCCGGAACUCGUGUUUUCGGUGAACUUGAAUUUUGGUUUGCUUCCAUCAAAGUGAUAACUAUAUUGGGGUUGAUCAUUGCUGGUAUCGUAAUCACUUCAGGCGGUGGCCCCGAUCAUACAUCCAUUGGGUUUCGAUAUUGGCAUGAGACUGGGGGCUUCGUUCAAUAUGCCGGCAUAGCCGGGGCAAAGGGACGUUUCUUGGGCUUCUUCAGCGUGCUAAUCAGCGCUGCUUUCGCUUUUAUUGGUACGGAGAUUACUGCCAUAGCUGCUGCAGAGACCGCGAAUCCGCGACGCUCAGUACCUCGCGCGAUUAAAGGUGUAUGGAUCCGUCUUUGCUUGUUCUAUAUUAUAAGCGCUUUCAUAAUUGGCCUGUUGGUAUCUCCUACUGACCCUUCACUAAACCUGUCCUCAACUGCGGCAAAGAGUCCAUUUGUCAUUGCAAUGAAGAAUGCUGGUAUCAGUGCGCUUCCCUCGGUGGUGAACGCUGCUCUUCUUACCAGUGCCUGGUCCGCUGGUGUUGCCGACCUGUUUGUGUCAUCUCGCGCACUGUACGGCCUAUAUUCCCGUGGUCAGGCUUUUAAAAUUCUGGGAAAGACUCGAGGGGAUGGCUUACCAUGGGUUGCUGUUCUCGUCGGAGUCGCAUUCUCGUUGCUCUCAUUCAUGGCAGCGAGUAAAGGUAAAGCUGGAACUGCAUUUGGCUACUUCGCGAACAUGACGGCGAUCUGCGGUAUCAUUUCAUGGUCUGGAAUCUUGUGGACAAGUAUCCGUUGGCACAAGGGCUUGAAAGCCAACGGAUUUGAUCGCGGGACUCUGCCUUACCGAGCACCACUCCAACCUUACCUGAGUUACUACGGUCUGACUGUGUGCGUACUUGUCCUCAUUUUUGGCGGCUUUGGAGCCUUCAUCCAUGAGUUUGACGUAUCCUCGUUCAUCACCACAUAUUUCCCGAUUCCAUUCUUCGCGGUACUGCUCUUCGGCUACAAGAUUGUCAAGAAGAGUAAGAUUGUCAAGUACGAAGAGUUUGACCUGGUCACUGGAUCAUCAGAUAAUAUGACCACAUCGCUCGAGCACGAGACACUAUGGAAAAAGAUCAAAGAUAGUGUCUAAACUAGUCUCACACAGAGACUGUCGCGAGAAAUAUGAGCACAAUGCGCAAAUGGGUUUGAUUAACUAGGGCCAUGCAGAAGUCAUCCAGUUACUUUUAGAACGCGCCAGGAACCGUGAAGAUAUUUACAUAGACCUUCGACGACAACCCGUAGAUAGAUGGAC